AUGGCGUCCUCAAACGUGAAUGUCCUGCUUUCGUCCUUCCCUGGACUCUCGCUGCCAUCGACCGUCUCAUUCUCGUUGGCCUCGACCUCGACGAUCUCAGACCUGACAGAGAAGAUCGCCUCCUACCUUCCAUCUUCGCUCGCUCUCCAAUCACUUAUUCUCACUACUACGAACAACAAACAAAUCAAACCAUCGCCCGAACCCCUACAAUCCCUGCUGACGGCACGCGAUGGCACCUCCGCGAAUCUCUCAACUAUUCUUCCCGUUCGUCUCUCCGUUCCUCUAUGUGGUGGUAAGGGUGGCUUCGGCUCCCAGCUUCGUGCUGCCGGUGGCCGCAUGUCUAGCAAGCGCAAGCGCAACCAGGGCGACAACAACAGCUCGAGUCGCAACCUUGAUGGCCGCCGUCUGCGCACCGUCAACGAGGCCAAGGCCCUCGCUGAAUACCUUGCCGUCAAGCCUGAAAUGGACCGGAAAGAAAAGGAGGAGAGGCGCAAGCGAUGGCAGGCUGUGGUGGAAAUGGCUGAGAAGCGACAAGAUGAAUUAAAAAAUGGCACUGGAAAGGAAAAAAUUGAUGGACAAUGGAUGGAGGACAAGGAAGAGUCAAUUGAGAAAGCCCAUGAGGCAGUCUUGAUGGCGAUGAAAGAUGGCUCGUGGUCCGAUAACCUUCGCGACAUGAUCCUCGGUGGAUCCAGCACCAGUGCUAGCGAAGGCAGUGAGCAAGCAGCCUCUUCUAGCUCUGAUGAGGAAGACGAAGAGAACGGCUCUCCGUCCAGUUCCGCUGGCCCCUCUGUCGCUACGCAAAAGCCUGCACCUCGGCGAUUCAUCGGCUUCGAUGACGACGACGAGUUCAUGAGUGACUCCGAGGAAGAAGAGGAAGAAGAACAGGGCAAGGGCAAGGGCAAGGCCCGUGCCUAA